AUGAUUAAAGAAAAUAAUAUCUUAAAUUUUACAACACCUGAUAAAGAAAAGUAUUUGUGUGUUCUUCCAAUUGUUAAAACAGAGCAAGAAACAAAGUUAUCGUCCUAUUAUGGUCCACAUCCAUCCGAAUUAAUAAUGCCAUUAAUAAAAGAAAAAGUAUGUUCUUAUUUAGUUGAUGUUUAUUGGAGUUAUGAAGUAUGUCAUGGUAGGCAUAUCAUUCAAUAUCAUGAAGAUAGAGAAACAAAAAAACGUGAUGAAUAUUAUCUAGGAAAUAUUGUUUUUCAAACACCUAAAGAAAAAUAUUUUGAUCAUCUAAAUCCUCCAAAAAAACAAAUUCAAGGAAAAGAUAUUCCUUAUUACUCAGUACAAUAUAGAUCUGGAACUAUUUGUGAUUUGACAGGAAAACCACGUAACACAUCACUUAUAUAUAUUUGUGUUGAAAAAGCAAAAGAUAUUGUUAUUAAUCAAGUUGAAGUUUCUGUUUGUCAAUAUGAAAUUAUUGUUGCUACUGAUAGAUUAUGCAGUCAUCCUUCAUUUAAACCACCAGAGAAAAAGGAACAUAUGAUUUCUUGUUUUUUGAAAGAACCAAAAGAUAGAGUGGAUCCAUAUCCUAAAAGAUUAGUUUAUGAAAUAAAAGGAAGAGAACAAGAUAUAGCAAAUGAAUUAAGUAUGAUUGUAAAUAAUAAUAUUAAAAUAAAAGUUGUUAAGCAAAUUGAUAAUCCCAAGGAAAUUCAAUUACAAGUUGAUGAGGAUGUCGAUUCAGAUGAAAAAAAAGAAUCUGAACGUUUUGUAGAUUUUGAUGAUAAAGAAGACUAUGAAAGUUUGGCAAAUAGUUUGGUUAAAUAUUCUGACCUACCAAGUAUGGAAUUUUUUGAUGUUGAAGAUCAGAGUGAUAUUCUUACUGAAAUUAAACUAAACGAUGAUAUUAAUAUAUUUGACAAGCUUGAUGCUAAUGAGCAAAAUACUAUUGCUAGUAAUGUAGCAAAGAAAAUUAGUUUAAACAGAAUAAGAAGAAAUUUUUUUAAUGGAGAACAAUGUAUUACUGGUGGAAAAGGAUGGUGGAGGCAUAGAUUUUGUCUUGAAUCUCAUAUUGAACAAUAUCACGGUAAACCAGGUGAUCAUGAUUAUAAAGUUCUUAAUCUUGGUUUCUUUGAUAUUUCAUCUCAUAUAAAGUGGGUUUCAGCUGACAAGUCAAGAUUACCAAUAACAGAUGAUGGAAAAGUAAUUCAAGUAAGGCAACUUUAUGUUGGAGGAAAUGUUUGUGAUGAAAAUAAACAGGCCCGUCAAACUGAAGUUCGUAUACGUUGUGACAAAAAUUUGUACAACAAAAGAUCUGAAGCAAUUCAACUUUUUAUGGAAGAACCAACUCAAUGUAAAUACAUAUUAACUAUUAUAUCUGGAACUUUUUGUAAUAGAAUGAAUGACUUUAUACAAUAUGGAUAUAUUAAUAUAAAUAAUGAACAAAUUCAAAAAGAUAUGAUAGAAAAAAUAAUAACAAUUUAUAAUGGAUAUUCAGAAACAAUUAGAAAAGAAGGCCAAAAAGCGGUAGAAAAUAAAGAGAAUAAAAUUAAUGAAAUAAUUCAUGAUGAUUUAUAA